AUGAAAAAGCAGUUGCUAGAGGUGGAUAAUGACAAGGAAAUGAUAGAAAGCACAAUGGGUGAACUGAGAGUGAAAGAGGCAGAAAUGGUGAGAGAAAAAGACAACAUGGAUAACAGGAUGGUAAGGUUCAAAGAGGAAGAGGAUAGAAUGCAUGAAGAAAUCGGAAGGAAGAUGGACAUCUUAAAGCAGGAAAGUUGUGAAAUCAAAAGACUUAGAGAUGAAAUUGACAGUGAAAAGGACCAGCUGAAUGCAAAAUUGCUUGAGUUGGAAAAAAUGCGUGAAGAACUAGAUAGAGAGAAGAAGGAAGUGAAAGACAGGAAGGAUGAAACACUGAAAGAGAAAGAUCAGUUGGAAGAGAGGGCAGGUAAGAUAAAUAAGGAGAAAGAGGAAUUGGAUAUCAGUCUUGAACUGAUGAAAAGACAAAGGGAAGACUUGACAAGCUUGAAGGCUGAAGCAGAAGCACAGACCGAGCCUAUGGAAAUAGAUUGGAAGGAAAAGCUCACGAGGGAAAGACAACAACUUGAAGAUGUAAAGGAGGAGAUACAGAAGGAAAAAGAAGCCUUUGAGAGAAAGAAGGAAUUGACCAUGAAAGAAAGAGAUGAGUUUGAUCUGAUGAAGUCUGAAACCCAGGGACAAUUGGAGGAAAUAGAACAAAACAAACAAGACAUUCGUGUGGAGAAGGAAAAGCUGGAUCAGAUCAAAGCUGAGUUAGAAAGACGGUCUGAAGACGUAAAUCAGAUCAUGGAUGAGACAAGACGGGAGAGGGGGAAGGUUGAAGAACUGGCUAUCCAAACUCAAAAACAAAGAGAAGAAAUGGUGGGUUUUAUGGAAAAGAGCAAACAAACGCAGAACGAACUGGAACUCAUGAAUGACAAGAUUGAAAGAGAGAAACAAGACAUCGAAGAAAGUCGAGAUGUGCUAACAAAGGAGAGAGAGGAGCUGGAACAAAUGAGGAGUGAGAUACAGCAACAGAGAGAGGAGACAGAAUCUCACAUGGAAGACCAAAGGAAAGAGAAAGAACAUUUGGAACAAAUGACAACGGACAUGAAAAAGCAGUUGCUAGAGGUGGAUAAUGACAAGGAAAUGAUAGAAAGCACAAUGGGUGAACUGAGAGUGAAAGAGGCAGAAAUGGUGAGAGAAAAAGACAACAUGGAUAACAGGAUGGUAAGGUUCAAAGAGGAAGAGGAUAGAAUGCGUGAAGAAAUCGGAAGGAAGAUGGACAUCUUAAAGCAGGAAAGUUGUGAAAUCAAAAGACUUAGAGAUGAAAUUGACAGUGAAAAGGACCAGCUGAAUGCAAAAUUGCUUGAGUUGGAAAAAAUGCGUGAAGAACUAGAUAGAGAGAAGAAGGAAGUGAAAGACAGGAAGGAUGAAACACUGAAAGAGAAAGAUCAGUUGGAAGAGAGGGCAGGUAAGAUAAAUAAGGAGAAAGAGGAAUUGGAUAUCAGUCUUGAACUGAUGAAAAGACAAAGGGAAGACUUGACAAGCUUGAAGGCUGAAGCAGAAGCACAGACCGAGCCUAUGGAAAUAGAUUGGAAGGAAAAGCUCACGAGGGAAAGACAACAACUUGAAGAUGUAAAGGAGGAGAUACAGAAGGAAAAAGAAGCCUUUGAGAGAAAGAAGGAAUUGACCAUGAAAGAAAGAGAUGAGUUUGAUCUGAUGAAGUCUGAAACCCAGGGACAAUUGGAGGAAAUAGAACAAAACAAACAAGACAUUCGUGUGGAGAAGGAAAAGCUGGAUCAGAUCAAAGCUGAGUUAGAAAGACGGUCUGAAGACGUAAAUCAGAUCAUGGAUGAGACAAGACGGGAGAGGGGGAAGGUUGAAGAACUGGCUAUCCAAACUCAAAAACAAAGAGAAGAAAUGGUGGGUUUUAUGGAAAAGAGCAAACAAACGCAGAACGAACUGGAACUCAUGAAUGACAAGAUUGAAAGAGAGAAACAAGACAUUGAAGAAAGUCGAGAUGUGCUAACAAAGGAGAGAGAGGAGCUGGAACAAAUGAGGAGUGAGAUACAGCAACAGAGAGAGGAGACAGAAUCUCACAUGGAAGACCAAAGGAAAGAGAAAGAACAUUUGGAACAAAUGACAACGGACAUGAAAAAGCAGUUGCUAGAGGUGGAUAAUGACAAGGAAAUGAUAGAAAGCACAAUGGGUGAACUGAGAGUGAAAGAGGCAGAAAUGGUGAGAGAAAAAGACAACAUGGAUAACAGGAUGGUAAGGUUCAAAGAGGAAGAGGAUAGAAUGCGUGAAGAAAUCGGAAGGAAGAUGGACAUCUUAAAGCAGGAAAGUUGUGAAAUCAAAAGACUUAGAGAUGAAAUUGACAGUGAAAAGGACCAGCUGAAUGCAAAAUUGCUUGAGUUGGAAAAAAUGCGUGAAGAACUAGAUAGAGAGAAGAAGGAAGUGAAAGACAGGAAGGAUGAAACACUGAAAGAGAAAGAUCAGUUGGAAGAGAGGGCAGGUAAGAUAAAUAAGGAGAAAGAGGAAUUGGAUAUCAGUCUUGAACUGAUGAAAAGACAAAGGGAAGACUUGACAAGCUUGAAGGCUGAAGCAGAAGCACAGACCGAGCCUAUGGAAAUAGACUGGAAGGAAAAGCUCACGAGGGAAAGACAACAACUUGAAGAUGUAAAGGAGGAGAUACAGAAGGAAAAAGAAGCCUUUGAGAGAAAGAAGGAAUUGACCAUGAAAGAAAGAGAUGAGUUUGAUCUGAUGAAGUCUGAAACCCAGGGACAAUUGGAGGAAAUAGAACAAAACAAACAAGACAUUCGUGUGGAGAAGGAAAAGCUGGAUCAGAUCAAAGCUGAGUUAGAAAGACGGUCUGAAGACGUAAAUCAGAUCAUGGAUGAGACAAGACGGGAGAGGGGGAAGGUUGAAGAACUGGCUAUCCAAACUCAAAAACAAAGAGAAGAAAUGGUGGGUUUUAUGGAAAAGAGCAAACAAACGCAGAACGAACUGGAACUCAUGAAUGACAAGAUUGAAAGAGAGAAACAAGACAUCGAAGAAAGUCGAGAUGUGCUAACAAAGGAGAGAGAGGAGCUGGAACAAAUGAGGAGUGAGAUACAGCAACAGAGAGAGGAGACAGAAUCUCACAUGGAAGACCAAAGGAAAGAGAAAGAACAUUUGGAACAAAUGACAACGGACAUGAAAAAGCAGUUGCUAGAGGUGGAUAAUGACAAGGAAAUGAUAGAAAGCACAAUGGGUGAACUGAGAGUGAAAGAGGCAGAAAUGGUGAGAGAAAAAGACAACAUGGAUAACAGGAUGGUAAGGUUCAAAGAGGAAGAGGAUAGAAUGCGUGAAGAAAUCGGAAGGAAGAUGGACAUCUUAAAGCAGGAAAGUUGUGAAAUCAAAAGACUUAGAGAUGAAAUUGACAGUGAAAAGGACCAGCUGAAUGCAAAAUUGCUUGAGUUGGAAAAAAUGCGUGAAGAACUAGAUAGAGAGAAGAAGGAAGUGAAAGACAGGAAGGAUGAAACACUGAAAGAGAAAGAUCAGUUGGAAGAGAGGGCAGGUAAGAUAAAUAAGGAGAAAGAGGAAUUGGAUAUCAGUCUUGAACUGAUGAAAAGACAAAGGGAAGACUUGACAAGCUUGAAAGCUGAAGCAGAAGCACAGACCGAGCCUAUGGAAAUAGACUGGAAGGAAAAGCUCACGAGGGAAAGACAACAACUUGAAGAUGUAAAGGAGGAGAUACAGAAGGAAAAAGAAGCCUUUGAGAGAAAGAAGGGAUUGACCAUGAAAGAAAGAGAUGAGUUUGAUCUGAUGAAGUCUGAAACCCAGGGACAAUUGGAGGAAAUAGAACAAAACAAACAAGACAUUCGUAUGGAGAAGGAAAAGCUGGAUCAGAUCAAAGCUGAGUUAGAAAGACGGUCUGAAGACGUAAAUCAGAUCAUGGAUGAGACAAGACGGGAGAGGGGGAAGGUUGAAGAACUGGCUAUCCAAACUCAAAAACAAAGAGAAGAAAUGGUGGGUUUUAUGGAAAAGAGCAAACAAACGCAGAACGAACUGGAACUCAUGAAUGACAAGAUUGAAAGAGAGAAACAAGACAUCGAAGAAAGUCGAGAUGUGCUAACAAAGGAGAGAGAGGAGCUGGAACAAAUGAGGAGUGAGAUACAGCAACAGAGAGAGGAGACAGAAUCUCACAUGGAAGACCAAAGGAAAGAGAAAGAACAUUUGGAACAAAUGACAACGGACAUGAAAAAGCAGUUGCUAGAGGUGGAUAAUGACAAGGAAAUGAUAGAAAGCACAAUGGGUGAACUGAGAGUGAAAGAGGCAGAAAUGGUGAGAGAAAAAGACAACAUGGAUAACAGGAUGGUAAGGUUCAAAGAGGAAGAGGAUAGAAUGCGUGAAGAAAUCGGAAGGAAGAUGGACAUCUUAAAGCAGGAAAGUUGUGAAAUCAAAAGACUUAGAGAUGAAAUUGACAGUGAAAAGGACCAGCUGAAUGCAAAAUUGCUUGAGUUGGAAAAAAUGCGUGAAGAACUAGAUAGAGAGAAGAAGGAAGUGAAAGACAGGAAGGAUGAAACACUGAAAGAGAAAGAUCAGUUGGAAGAGAGGGCAGGUAAGAUAAAUAAGGAGAAAGAGGAAUUGGAUAUCAGUCUUGAACUGAUGAAAAGACAAAGGGAAGACUUGACAAGCUUGAAGGCUGAAGCAGAAGCACAGACCGAGCCUAUGGAAAUAGACUGGAAGGAAAAGCUCACGAGGGAAAGACAACAACUUGAAGAUGUAAAGGAGGAGAUACAGAAGGAAAAAGAAGCCUUUGAGAGAAAGAAGGAUUGA